AUGUUUCUUGGUUUCAGGAAAAUUUGGUGAACCAUAUUAAAAAAAGUUAUUAAUAAAUCUUGACAAACUAGGCAGUAGAUGGUCAAGGUCCUGAAUUAAUAAAACCAACAAAGAUUAUGCUUGAAAGAUUAAGAUUAAUUAAAUGAAGUACACGUGAAACAAGGUGAUGGUUUUGAGACAUACUUGUCUUUUGCUUCUGAGUCAAUAAAUCAUGAUGAUGAUGAUAAUAAACAAAUAAAUUAACAAAUAUAGUUGAGCCAAUAUCUCUGGAAACUUUCUUUUUCUCUAACUCUGAUAUCCUUGUUGUCUGUCCAAUCAAAGCUUCACUGGAAUUAUUCUUCUGAGUUAUAGGUGAAAUCUAUACUUCAAUUUGCAUAUUUAAGGGAAAUUAACUUUGUUCAUAAUACCAAUUCUUAUGGUCUAAACUAUAGGUUAUUGUUUUGACCAUGGUAAUUUGGUACCAUUAAGUGACUUUUUGUUGUGCAUCUUUCCUAGAUUAUGAAGGACUUUUGAGAACUGAACGUGGUUAUUUAGAAGGAGGUAAAAUGGGAUUGAUAUCACCGAAGUUAGAUAAACUGGUUCAGAUUUUUCAAUCAUUUGGAUUAUGUGAGGGACUACAGUGUCUAAUAUUUGUGGAAAGAAUCAUAACGGCCAGAGUAAUUGAGGUGUUUAUGAAGAAAGUUAAAUUCUUAUCUCACUUUUCAAUCUCUUAUUUGACUGGAGGAAGUUCAACCAUUGAUUCUCUAACCCCUAUGAUGCAAAAAACCACUCUCGAUUUGUUUCGAUCUCGGAAGGUUAACUUGCUAUUUACCACUGAUGUUGCGGAAGAGGGGAUUCAUAUACCAAAUUGUUGUUGUGUGAUACGUUUUGACCUCCCCAAAACAGUUCGUAGUUAUGUACAAUCACGCGGGCGAGCACGGCAGAGCAAUUCAAUUUAUAUCCUUAUGAUUGAGAGGGGAAACAAUAAACAAGAAGAUCAGCUUUUUGAUAUUAUUAAAAGUGAACAGUCAAUAAUGCAAACUGCAUUGUGCAGGGAUUCUUUGACUGAUAUUUUUAAAUUUGAUUGGAAAGACGAUCUUAAUGCAUUCUAUGUCAAGUCAACAGGAGCAAGAGUUACUACAGAUUCUAGUGUUAGUCUCAUUUACAAGUACUGUGAGAGGCUUCCAAAAGAUAAGUAUUUUACUCCAAAGCCGAUUUUCAACUCAACUUUUGAAGGAGGGAGAUACCAAUGUUCCUUAACCUUACCCCCCAAUGCUGCAUUUCAAACAAUAGUUGGUCCUCCCAGCAUCAACUCUAAGUUAGCGAAGCAGCUUGUGUCAUUGGAUGCAUGUGUGGAACUCCACAAAUUGGGAGUUCUCAAUGACCAUCUUCUUCCUCUUGCUGAAGAGCCUCGGGAGAUUGAUGCUGCUGAAGCAUACAAUAACUAUGCUUCUGGGGCUGGUACAUCAAAAAGAAAAGAACUUCAUGGAAUGACAAGGAUUCGGGCUUUAUCAGGAACAUGGGCUCAUGAAUCUGUUGAUGUCACUUUAAAUGCAUAUAAAAUUAAUUUUUUUUGCAACCAAGAAGGCGAAAAAUACUGUCCAUUUGCGCUAUUGCUAAACACAAUACUGGAUGAUGAUGUAGCCAAUGCUGCAAUGGAUCUUUUUUUGAUACCUAACAAGAUGGUCAAAGUUUCUAUCAAUCCUUACGGACAAGUUCAUCUAAGCGCUGAGAAGCUGAAAAAGUCAAAGCGUUUCCAAGAAUUCUUUUUUAAUGGAAUAUUUGGCAAGCUGUUAGUGGGAUCUAGAUCUUCCGCAGAGCCAAGAGCUUUCUUGUUUAAAAGAGAGAAAGAAAUUCCUUGGAGCUCCUUGAAUAUGUAUUUGCUUUUACCUGUUGAAAGUGCUGCAAGUCAGGAAAUUGCUAGUUUCCACUGGAAAGGCAUUGAUGCAUGUGCUUCUGUGGUUGAACAUUUACUAGAUUCAUACUCACUGGAUGGUGAAUAUGAAAAUUCUUCCCUUUCCAGUUCAAAUUCGUAUGGAACAUUUGGGAGUGAAGACAUUGUGCACUUGGCUAACAAAUCUAUUCAUAUUCAACAUUUGAGAGACUCGGUAGUUUUUGCAAUUCACACUGGAAGGAUCUAUUCUGUUCUUGAUGUUAUAAAUAAUGUUACACCAGAGAGUUCAUUUGAUGAGAUUUAUGACCAGAAACCAUCCAAGUCUUGUUCUUUCGUGGAUUAUUAUCUUUAUAAGUACAAUAUUAGGCUAAAGUAUCCACGCCAGCCUUUGCUAUUGCUAAAGCAAAGCCAUAACCCUCAUAAUCUUCUUUUGUCGAAGUUAAAAUAUGAAGAUGGUUUUUCUGGGCAGAAUACUAUUUCAGAGAAAGAGCAAGUUCACUCUCAUAUUCCACCUGAACUUUUGGUCCACAUUGAUAUCUCGACUGAUAUUUUGAAGUCAUUCUAUCUAUUACCUUCUGUCAUGCACCGAUUGGAGUCUCUAAUGCUGGCUGCCCAGUUAAGAGAAGAAAUUGGUUAUGCUCCUAGCCAUUCUUGGAUACCAAGUUCUGUGAUUUUGGAAGCAAUUACAACAUUAAGAUGUUGCGAGAGCUUCUCUUUGGAGCGAUUAGAAUUGCUGGGUGACUCGGUUCUAAAAUAUGCUUUGAGUUGUCAUCUUUUUCUCAACUAUCCCAAAAAACAUGAAGGGCAGCUAUCAGAUCAUAGAUCAUGGGCGGUUUGUAACUCAACUUUACACCGCCUUGGGAUCAGUCGCUAUUUACAGGGUUAUAUUCGAGACACUGCAUUUGACCCACGGCGUUGGGUUGCUCCUGGACAAAUUUCUUUGCGUAACUUUCCAUGUGAAUGUGGGUUUGAUUCCUUUGAAGUGCCAAUCGAGACAAAAUUUAUCACAGAGGAGAUAUCUAUUGUGAUGGGAAAGGCAUGUGACAAAGGCCACAGGUGGAUGUGCUCCAAAACUAUUGCAGAUUGUGUUGAAGCACUAAUAGGAGCAUAUUAUGCUGGUGGUGGUUUGGCUGCUGCACUUUCAGCCAUGAAAUGGUUGGGCAUCAAUUCCGAAUUUCAAGAGAAAAAUGUGAUAGAAGCCAAGAACAUCGCUUUAUGUUGGUCUUACCUUCCAAAAUUUAAUGAAAUCAAAUCUUUAGAGUCAAAAUUAGCAUACACAUUCUCAGUCAAAGGGCUACUACUGGAGGCCAUCACUCAUCCAACUCAACAAGAGUUGGGAAUUGCCUACUGUUACCAGAGGCUUGAAUUUUUGGGUGACUCUGUUCUGGACCUUCUCAUUACAUGGUACCUUUUCUGCAACCAUACAGAUAUUGAACCUGGCAAAUUGACAGACAUGCGUUCAGCCUCAGUUAACAAUGAUAAUUUUGCUUUCGCUGCUGUGAGGAAUAACCUUCAUGUGCACCUUCAACAUGGCUCUGGACUACUCUCUAAGCAAAUUACUGAAUAUGUCAGAUCUAUUUCAGAAUUCGUUGUUGACCAACAGUUAAUCUCAUCAUCUGAUUCUUUUAAAAGCCCAAAGGCUCUUGGGGAUAUGAUGGAGAGUAUUGCUGCGGCGGUACUAAUAGAUUCGAAUCUUAAUCUAGACAAGGUGUGGGAGGUUUUUAAGCCAUUGCUUUCACCCCUUAUAUCACCUGACAAGCUUGUGCUACCCCCUUAUCGUGAGCUGAUUGAGCUAUCUAGCCAUAUAGGUUGCUUUCUAAAGAUUAACUGUGCAAAUAAAGGGGGCAAUUGUGCUGCAGAAAUUGCAUUGCAACUGAAGGAUGAUAUGUUGGUAGGUCAUGGUUGCGACAGCAAUAGGAAGGGUGCGAAGGCACAAGCAGCUAUUUGUUUGUUAAAAGCUUUGAAGGAAAGAGGGAUUUCACACACUGAGAUUGUAGCCAAGAAGGGGCAGCAAGAAUUUGCUUCUGGUUACAGAUCUUGUACUUCAAGUUUGGCUCAUAAUGAUUCUUUCUUUGAAGAUGGUCACAUUAUCAAUCUGAGAUCCUGUAAAAAAGAAAAGUCAUUGGACAGAUCAACAAUUUCAAGUUUGUCUAUGAAGCCUGCCUUCGUGGAAGACGAGAGCUGUAUACUUGAGCACUCCAGAAAAUUGUGCAAUCCCAAAUUUAAUGAACCAGUUGUUCUUCAGUUAAAGACCGAGAAAGGAGGUCCCAGAACUGAACUUUUUAAGCUCUGCCAAACACUACAAUGGCCACUACCAAGAUUUUUAUCAACAGAAGAGAAGAGCAGGACUCCAAUCUGCCUGGAUGGGAUGGAAACGCCUCAUUUCAACACUUUCGUAUCAUGUAUCAGGCUUCAUAUACCCAAUACUGUGACUAUAGAGCUCAUGGGUGAGAAAAGAACAGAUAAGAAAAGUUCACAUGAUUCAGCUGCUCUCACCAUGCUGCAAGAGCUUCAAAAACAAGGCAUAUGCGUCCUUAAGGAGCCAUGAAUUUAUAUGUUAUGAUGAAUAUAAUGAAGUUAUAUGUUAUCAUCAUCACUGCAUAUAAUGAAUUUAUAUGUUUUCACCUCUUAUGCCCAAAUUGCAUUUUGGGAGGUUGUUGGUUGAUUGAGGACAAUGUGAUAUUUUCCGAUAUUGUGAUUUUAUUGGACAGUACUUUGAUA